GGGUCUUGAAGAGUCACACAUGCCAUGCCACGUAUAGGUAUAUAUAUUAAUGGCCUGAAGCCCGAUAUUCUCAUUCGCAGUGCACAGAGCUUACAAUACCAACAUACAGGCCGGGCGUUUGACCUCGAUUCCAUACAAUGUGUUCUGCUUGUUGAUCUCGGGCUCGGGAACGCAUUUGCGUACCUGCCUACCUGAAUGUACAUGUACUAGGUUAGGUACCUGGGCAUCUACGAAUACUUGGAGUGGAAUCGAAGCCCAUAAUACCGCUGAUAUACAACUUCUCUCGUCUCUUCUAGGUAUUCGAAUAGCUGCCUGCCUACCUAGGUACCUAGGUAAAUAGACAUUGUCAAUGUAUAAACCUUCCAAGACCAUGCUGGAAGGUAUGUACCUACCUACCAUCGAAUCGAGCGUAAAAAAGGCGAUGCCUGUCUUAGGCUGUCUGCAUGUUGGAACACUCCUAUUGGCACUAAACGCAUGUGGCCGCACAGGCGAUCUCGAUGCAAGGAGCAUCUCGGCAGCCCGUUCCAAACGCAACUCGAUGCGACCGGUUAGGCGUCAUGCUUAGGCAGAUAUUUCAAGUAUCUAGUUAUACAUACCUAGUCUCGGUCUAAACUGUGCAGGUAGGCAGGGAUUUUCUAUCAUUUAUAUAUCGUCUUUGUCGCCUACCAUGUAUAAGUUGAGCCUCCUCGUCAGUCACCUAGGGCUAGUCGCUUCAAAGAUGGCGAAGAAGAAAAAGCAGAGAACAUCCCUGAUCACGGAACCUCCGGUCGAGGAGCCUCGUCCGGUUUCUGGAUCCUUGGCUUCCGAUGUGAACAAUGAAAUCGUAGAGAAUGUGAAGAGUCCCAAGGAAGAGGACCGCGUGACUGAGAAUCUGGAAACAGAGCAUACAAGCCUUGUUGCUGAAUCUGACUUCACCGACUUGCCCGAUGAAAACAGAGUACAGAUUAUUUCGAAACCUCCAACAUUUGAUUUACGACAAUACGAUCGACUACCUUGCCUUUUUACCUCCGGGGAGCUAAAGUUGGAUACCAAUGACGAGUUCGACCUUGAAUAUAUCCUUAGCCGUGUUCAAAAGUAUUCUUUUGAUGAUCCCCACCGUCCAUCAGCAUCCCUCAGCAGUUAUCUUACGCAUUACCAUGAGAGAAAUCCUCAGCAGUUAAAAGAGAGACUGAACGAAGAGGUGAAAGGCUUUCCAGCAAUUUUCUACAUUGUUGAGACCAACAACGUGGACUAUAUCCGGGAGUGGAUUAAGUACGGUGGUGACCCGAACGCGACUCAUGGGCCUUUUCACUUUCCCGUGCUUGCCUUCGCGAUCCUGCGUGGCGCUGAUACACGUCUACAAGCGACAGAAACUAUCGUGACGCUACUUAGACUUGGGGCAUCGCCUCGUGUUAUCCCGGAAGCAUACUAUGAACCCUUCGGUCGAGACCUUGGGCCUUCCGGGCCCAAAGAGGACGAGUUUUCCAAUAUGGAAGAUCCCCAUAGAAUGUGGUGCACUCCAGAAAUUCGGCCAUUGUUGGGUUCUAAACUGACUCUAACUCAACGAUAUCGACUUUGGCAGGCGAGAAUAUUGAAGCCGGCUUCGGGUCGCGAGAAAGCCUUAGCUUUCCGAAAGGAUGCCGAUGCAAUUAUUGGCAUUCGAAUGACUAUCAUCGGACAAGCAGUAGCAACAUGGUCCUUGAGAAAGUCUUUCCUUACGUAUCUUGCUAUGCCUAACAAGAAGCCACUAGUUCUUCUUUUUGCAGGUCCGCGGGGGCAUGGCAAAAGAGAGCUUGCUAAACAACUAGGCCAUGUUCUACAUUCAGAACCUGAAUAUGUUGAUUGUUCUACCGUGAGGCGGGACGAUAAACUCUUCGGAUCCUCUCAAGCGGACGGAGCCGGCUCGUUAUUGAAUUACUUCUUAGCUACAAAGACUGGCAAACGCAGUAUUGUCUUUAUGGAUGAAUUCGACAAACCAGAUGAGGCAGUCUGUAAUACGCUGCUAAUGGCGUUUUAUCAAGGAGAGUACAUAGAUCGUCGGAACGGAAAGAAAGUGGAUUGCUCCCAAACGAUUUGGAUUCUUUCAACAAGCAAAUUCGAUCAAAACAUGCCUUCUGUCGGUGGGCACAAUACAGAUGAUCCAGACCUGGAACUCACGACAUCAACCAGACAUAGGCGUAUUUGCCGCCGACUCCGCCAGCAGUGUGCUGAAAGUUAUGGAGCUCGUCUGGCAAACAGUAUUACCGAGAUGAUACCAUUUGAGGCAUUUGAUGAGGCUGAGCAAGCUGUACUCGUUGACAAAUGCAUAAUGGAUUUAGAAACGAAGCUUAGUGAACCAGUCGUAACAUCAUCGAUCUUGGAGAGGCUCGUUGGCAAUAUUCGUAUCAAGAUAACGGAGGAUGCUACAGUGUGUUCUAGUAUCGCGAAGAAUUACUACUUGCCGGAACUUGCGGCGAGUAGUAUUCUUCAUGGUGUUAAUGAAACCAUCGCCAGACCGUUAAUUGGUUAUUAUUUGGAGGAUGGCGACGAAUUCAGCGAGGAUCAACCACAAUCUGUUUUCAAAGUAGGGGUGAAUGAUAUGGGAGAGGUGGAAGUAUCGUCUGUGUAAAUAGGAGACGUACAUGUAUGUACGUAACAGUUCAGCUACGAGGAUGUGUACCCUAGUACUAGGUAGUGAGGGGUCAAUGUUGGAAUUCAACGUUCAAUCUAAUGCAGGUACAAAUAG